UGCGUCGUAUAACUAUAUACAUCGUGCAUUGUAACUAUUAACAAGGUGGGGCAUGUUUAGGUUUAGGUGGAUUUAGGUUUGUCGUAAAUUUUUCGAUACUUGUCAGUGCUUUGUCAAAAAACUCGAUGUUUUGAAUUAUUUUUACGUUUCUAAAAGCAAUAAUGAAACGCUGGCUUAGCCUAGCUGUAACGUGCUUUUUGUGGUACGUUAUCAUAGCUAAGGAGACAAGAUUGUCAGGUUGCCAAACUCCAAUUAAUAUUCGUGGAACUUGGUUUUCAUGGGAAAAUGGCAGGAAUACCUUGACAGAAAUAAAUGAUGACAGUAUGACUGGACGGGGUGAAUGUAUACACAUGACUAGCCGAUAUAAUACAAAUCACUCAUUCGUAUUUCGUGAUAUGACCGUAAAAACCACCUGUUAUCAUUGUGUGCAGCUUAUUGUUAGGACAGUGAACAUAUUGGAGAAGCUUGAAGUAAUUUGUUUGAACUUAGCCGCUGGAGUAGAACCCACAGUAGAGAAUGUUUGUAAAGAUUUAAAUGUAAACCAGCAGUUCAUAACAUUAUUCAAAGAAAACUAUACACCUGUAAACUGUAGAUCUGCUUUGGAAGGAGUCUGGCAAUUUGCUUAUCAAAAUCGAUUUAGAUUUACAGGAGAGUGUAAUCAACCAGAUGCGCAAAUAAGAUCUUGUCAGACUGCAGGAAGCCAAUUUCUUAUAACUAACCAGAAAUUUAACAUUACUUAUAAGAAAUGUCCUGGAAUGGAGGGAACUCUCGAUGGAUUGGUGGAAUAUAGUUGCUUGGGCGACUGGUUUGUAGACAAGAAUCAUUUUUUCGCGGUAGCGAAUACGAAGGAAUCUCGGAAGGACGAGAAAUACAGAUGCUUCUUAAGGAAUCGUGACGAUGAUUUAUAUAUUGGUGUAUCGAUUACUGCCGAGUGUAAUACUCUUAAAACUGUGGAAAAGAGUCCCGAACGUUUGCGAAUCACUCCGGUUAAAGCCGAAGUGGUCGAGCCAAAUUGCCGUUUACCCCAGGACAUGGUUGGGAAUUGGAUAAAUACUAAUAACAUAGAUGCGGACGUUGUGAUUAACGAGACACACAUUAUUGAGACCCAUUAUCCGGAUGUAGGACGUUAUCGACGAACAAUUUACGUUUGCCGCGAGCAAAGGGAUGCAAAAGUAAUGAUGGCAAGAUUGACCGUUGAUGGAUGUCAAAAGGAUUAUGUUUGCUUCGAAUUUGUACGGCGACAUCAUAACGUUAUUAGAUACCGACGUGGCAUAGCUGUGAUAAAAGACAAUUUUCAUACAGUGUGCUCUUGGGUUCAGUUUCCUAAUAAGGAAAAGUGGAAAUAUGAUCUGUAUUUAGCGAAAGAUCCUGUUCCGGUGCGCUGUCCGGUAGCUGGAAAAUUUAUGUUCAAACAAGUAGGAGACAUUCCCUUUGAGACUAGAAUUUUAGGCGGUAUCACUAAAUCUCCUCGGCCAAAUAUUUACUGUAAACAGAAUAUUUCUGACUUUUCGGUCUGCAGUACUGAACAGAAGGAGAUCUCCAUUGACGAGGAAUAUGAGCGUGAACGUGAUGCGUGUCCGAUGUAUUUCGACGAUGGUUCCAAUCCUUGGAUACAAACAGAGAAUUACAUCAACAUUUUCACCUUUAACGGCGGCAACGUAAAAAGUUGUUCUUCGUUCUUGUUCAUCGUUUCAUUAGUAGUUAUAUUUCUUAUUCCAAGAAUUUAUAAAUAAUUCUUCAUACGAGGAUCAUACCAUUAUUAGCUCUCGUAAAGUUAAUUCAUAACAAUAAUGGCGCGAUAAAUAUCGGAUAAGAAAUAUCGCGUUUAGUAUAAGUUUUAAUGAAUUCUUAUAAUAGUAUGCUUUAACGUCAGCAAUCUAUACGUAUUCCGUCCAUUGUGUAAUUAUAUAUGUAUGUCGUUACAUAUGUGCCUUAACACAAUUCUAUAAACAUAAUCGUGUCUAAUCUAAGUAGACAAUGUACAAUGUAGGUUUUUUAUUUUGAUAUAGUACAACGUUUCUAUUUUGAUGUAUCCGUCCAGAGAUCCGUCCAAAGAAUUUCAGAAUUUAUACAAAGAAUCACAAGGAGUUAUAAAGAAUCUCUUACAAGAUGCAUUCUAGUUUAUGCACUGAACGAAUUAUUUAUUUUAUUGUAUGUAUAUGAAUGAGGUUAAUGAUUAUAUUAUAUAAUCUCAUGUCGGAUAUUUUAACUAAAAUUUUGAAACAUAUUUUAAUUAACAUUUGACCAAUGUUUAACAUAUUGUAUUAUUCUAUAAUUUUAUAAGUUUUAGAAUUAAAAUUUUUUGAAG